GUGUUUUUGUCGGCGUUUUUCUCCAUUUUACGCGUUUUAACUCAUCUCACGUCUGAAAGUGCCGACGGCUGUUCCGCAAUUGGUUCGCACGACGGGAUCAUAGACUUACUGCUGGAGUCGAUUGUGGAGUUGCCGUCAUUCAUAAUGUCGGACCAGCGCUUCGACCUAAUGGUCAUACUUCUGUGCCUUUGCAUCAAUUUAGUCGAGUUUUGUCCACAAAUGCGAGACUUAGUCGUCGCCAGCGAUUCAAAGCUCAAGGAUUUAAUUGAAUUGCUAUUCAAACGCAUAGAGGAGGCGCAGCGCACGGAACAGCAGACCGAUGAGCUCCUGGAGUCGCACGAAAAGGUCCAGAUGACCGAAGCCAUGAGGGACUCCCUGUUGCACACGAUGCUCUCCCAAUCGGGCAAUCAUAUGGAGCACAGCAUAAUCGCCGCCUGUAUAGCGCUACUCUUGGGCUGUACUAUUCAGGACAACAUGAGGUAUACCAAUAUCGUGAGGUCUAACCUACCGAACCUGUCGUUCGACCCGUUGGUUGAAGUGUUGCAAAAGCUCCGGGACUUUGCCUACUUAGCCGACAUAAUGACCAAAAAAGGCAAAGAGAGAGUCGACCGAAUCAUUCAAGUGUUCAAAUCGUCUUAACAUUGAUAGACAUGUCUAUUAUAUAUGAGAUUUUUCAUGAUUAGCGUCAAAACAAUGAAUACAAAUGUGUUUUUUUAAAAUUGCAAACUAAACGAUUAUUAUAUUUACCGGAGACAUAAUUUAUUUUAUAUUUUUAUUUCAUUGGCGUCGAG